AAAGGUACAAAUUUCAAGAAUGAUACAUAAAUUCACAUUCCAAUAAACAUGUCUUGCAUUGAAAUUAUUCGAAGACAAACCAUGCGGAAGCUAAUGGACCCAAUUCUAGAGCCACCGCCGGUUACGCCAUCACACGGUGGCGCACCGGGUGGCGGUGCUGAAGACGGGUUCGAUACUAAUAUGGUCAUCAUCCUUGCUGCCUUACUUUGCGCACUUAUCUGUGCUCUUGGGUUAAAUUCGAUAGUCCGGUGUGUACUCCGGUGCAGCGGGAGAACAGUAGAGGAGCCGCCGGAGGAGGCAGCCGGGAGGUUGGCGGGGACCGGGUUGAAGAAGAGGAUGAUUAGAAGGUUGCCGGUUUCGAUGUAUGGGGCUGGUGGAGGAAUACGGUCGACGGAGUGUCCAAUAUGUCUCGGAGAAUUUGCCGACGGUGAGAAAGUGAGGGUGUUGCCUAAGUGUAACCAUGGCUUUCAUAUCCGGUGCAUUGACACAUGGUUAGUAGCACACUCUUCUUGUCCUACUUGCCGGAAUUCACUUCUUGAUCGGCCGGAGACGGCCGGAGGUGCGGCAGCGCCACCGCUGGAGGAAGGGGUCAUGAUGGUUGAUGGUGAUAGCUAGCUCCGGUUAGUUUGUAUUUUCUUUAUGUUCAAUAUUAUUGUAGAAUUGAACUUGGGAAUUAGAACAAGCAUUGAAUUGAAACUUAAGUUAGAUAU